AUGCUCGAAGUCAUCGUCAAUGACAGACUCGGGAAGAAGGUCAGAGUCAAAUGCAAUGAGGAUGACACGAUGGGCGACUUGAAGAAGCUGAUUGCCGCUCAAACUGGUACUGCAGCAGACAGAAUCAUCCUCAAAAAGUGGUACACGACUUUCAAGGACCAUAUCACACUGGCCGACUAUGAAAUUCACAAUGGCAUGAGUCUGGAACUCUACUACUCAUAG